AUUGAGGGAGGCAGCAGGGUCUGGGGCCAGCCUGCAGGGGUCCAUUCUAUGAGAAGUGUGUCUGCCUCCUGGGGUCACAGGGGUGCUGGGAACGCACUUGGCACAGCCUCAGCGGGGAUGAGUCCCACCUCUCCUGAGUGCUCCUGGGACCCAUGUCACAAACAUCCCAGGAAGAGCUGCAGGGGGUUGGGGGGUGCCUGACUGCUGGAGGAGUGCCCCCUGCCUCCAGGGUAGGGUCCAGCCCCAUGCCACCCUUCAAGGGGAGGGCAGGUAGGUUUCUUUACGUUGAAGGGUACCUGCUGACCCCGACCUCCCUCCUGAGCCAGUGGACAGGCAGACCCUCAUGGCUAGGCUGCAGUUUGGGCUGAGGACAGAGCAUGCUCAUUCCUGUGGCCUGCCUGUUCUGGGGAAGCAGAGAGGCUGGCUCAGGGGCCCAUCUCUCUGAGGCCAGUGAGGAGCAUAUGGCUGUGGCCUCUGCUGGCUCCGGCUGGCCUGGCAGUGGUUCUGGGGCUCCUGGUCCAGCCCAUGUGACCGGCAGGCUCUCCAGGACCCUGAGACCUGGGUGUGGAGGCUCCGCUGAGGCCACACAGGGAGGCCCAGGGCCUGUUGGUGCAGCAGGUGGGAAGGGCAGGCACUUGGCCUGAGUGGCGGGGACAAGAGAUGCCAGAUCCCAAGUUCCUGAAGCAUUCAGGGGUCAGCAGAAGCUUCUGGAAGGAACCAGGAACUAGGGGCAGGGAGAGGCCUCAGGGCUGGGUCCGGAGGUGCCCCGAGGUGGCCUGAGCCCUCUGCCCACCCGUGAACAGCAUCCCAGGAGGCCCAGGAGCCCUGGCUGGCCUGUGGGGUCCUGCCUGGACUGGGAAGGUGGCCUGGAGCUUGGAUCAAGGUCCCCCUGCCUCAUUGUCCUCCAGGGCAGAUGCAUGGUACACCCCGCAGUGCUGGGAAUUGUGUGCCUGUGUCUGAAUGAGCCAGACAGGUGCAGGGCCGCUUUGGCUCCAAGGAUACAGCUGGCUUCAGGGACUGGGGAGCAGAGAAGCCAGAUGGCUGGGUCUUCACACAACGAGCUAGAAAAGCACAGACGAGCCAAACUCAGGCUGUACCUGGAGCAGCUUAAGCAGCUGGUGCCCCUGGGCCCUGACAGCACCCGCCACACCACACUGAGCCUUCUGAAGCGGGCCAAGGUGCACAUCAAGAAACUGGAGGAGCAGGACCGCCGGGCACUGAGCAUCAAGGAGCAGCUGCAGCAGGAGCAUCGCUUUCUGAAACGGCGCCUGGAGCAGCUGUCGGUGCAGAGCGUGGAGCGUGUGCGCACGGAUAGCACGGGCUCUGCUGUCUCCACAGACGACUCAGAGCAAGAGGUGGACAUAGAGGGCAUGGAGUUUGGCCCUGGUGAGCUGGACAGUGUUGGCAGCAGCAGUGACGCAGACGACCACUACAGCCUGCAGAGUGGCAGCAGCAGCGACAGCGGCUUCGGGCCCCACUGCCGGCGGCUGGGCCGCCCCGCCCUCUCGUAGGCCUGUGCCCUCUGCUGCUUGGCCUGCCUGCCCGCCAGCCACGCGUGUCAGCCCUCCAGUUCUCCUUCAGUUGACGCCAGCCUCUCCACAGGCCCACUGCUGUGCCAUUCUGGAAGCUCCAACUGCCGCCUGGGCUGCCUGGCACUGUCCGCUUGCUGGUCAGGGCCUGCGGAGCCACCUGCCCCUCCCAGCUGGGCAGGGUCCCCUGCAAGGAGGCAGGGCCCAGCUCCCACGCCCGGAGCCCUGGUCAGCAUAGCCGCCCACGGUCUGUUCUCAGAUUCCUAAUCAUUCCAGAAGUAUUAAAUGUCAUUGCUGCAAACCUCGGCGGGCACCGUGUGAGGAAGCUUAAUGACCACCACAGGGAGCUCAGACCCCCAACCCUGGACCCCAGGAGAAAGGAGUGGACUGAGAAGUAAGGAAGGCAAGGCUGGCUGUCCGUCCGUCUGUCUGUUCACCUCCCUGUCAGUCCACGUAGGCUCCUGGCGUGGACAAGGGAUCCAUGAAGGGCGGGACUUGGGUGAGCGCCUGGGGCAGGUGGGUGGUCAGGGUCCUUCCCACCUCGAAGGUGUCAGGGCCAAGGGCUGGGCUCUCCCUGCUGGGCAGCAUCUGCUCCGGUAGGACUGUCAGACACGCACACGCACGCACCUAGGCACACGCACCUGUGUACACGCUCACAUACACAGACACACCUGGGCGCCCCGAGGUCACAUGUUCUGGGGAUGAUGGCCUUCAGGGGUCAUCUGGCAAACAGCAGCCCCUGGGCUGUGCCCGCUUCCCCUCCAGCUCCGGCUGACCCGCGCCCACCCAGCAGUCGUGCCUGUGCACAGGAGAGGGACUUCUCUCCCUGGCUGGGGCUGGGGUGAGCUGGAGUUGCAGCCGCUGGGUCCUCGGGGGCUUUUUCAUCUCCCUUUUUUAAACAAAAAGCAAAAAAGUAAAAUGCUGCACUGCCCCGCAGCCCGGUGAGGGCUCCGGAGCCUCCUUAGGAAAUGGGUCCUUAUGAGCUCUGCUGCAGCAGCCUCAGCUGGCAGAGAGGCUUUCCCAAAAAACAGAAGCAUUUUUAAAAAGAAGAAAGCGUGAAGACUCAGCCAGGGGUGUCCGUGUGCUGCCUGUUCCCGGAACCAGAUUUUUGUACUCUAUUUUCCUAGCCGUUGUUGUGUCCUUGUUUGCCGAGGGGUGGGAGCCACCCAGCGUCUCAGGGACCUGUCCCUCUGUCAUGUUGUCAAAGUGUGCCUUGUGUCUUGUGUCUGGCCUUGCCCUUCCCACCAGCAUGUCCCUCAUGGCUCAGGGUGCCCCAGGCCUGCCCAGCCAGUGCCAUCCUCCCAUCCCCUGUGGGCAGCCCCUCCUGCCAGCCAGGGCUUCCUGGGGGUGGCACAGAGGGGCUGUGACCUGACCCCUAGUGUUGCCUUCCUCAGUGGCUGGCAGGGGCCUGCUUGCUCCCUAAAGAGGCGGAUUCUCGCCUUCACCUGCCUCGAGACCCCCACUUCCUGGCCUAGGCGAGAGCGCCAGGUUUCAGACGCUGGCAGCCAGUGAGGACUGUGCUCAGCGGUGGUGCAGGCCUGGCACCGGGAGGCUUGCCCCAGCCUUUCCUUCCUGUAGUCUCUGUCCCUGGUGGGGCCGGCCCUCAGCACGCCUCUGCUGCAUCUUUACCAAUUUCCGUAUCGCGGGGAAAAUUCAUGUCUAUUUUCAGUCAUAUGCACAGAUGCCCCAGGGUGGGGGGACUGUUGUGGCAGAAAGGGGUCCCUGGAAACAGCUCUGGCACAGAACCUGCCCUACAGGCUGUAGGGGGCGGGUUGCCUGGAGCCGAGGGCCAUCCACACGCCCUGCGGGUGGCGGUGAGGAAGCCUGUCUGCAGCUUCUUCCAAGCCCACUGGUGCCCAGAAAGCUUCCCCUGCCUGCCUGAGCUGUCCCCCCAGCCUUCAUUUCAAACACCCCUGCACCUCUGAGCAAGGCGGGCCAUGUUUAAGAGCUUGCUUUCCAAGCCAGCACUCCAGGGCACUGAGGUGGUUGCAUCCCUGCCCUGAAUUCCUGAAGCACCAGCUCCCUGCCCCACCGUCUGGUGCCUGGGGCGGCCGGGGGGCUUCUGCUGUCAUCUCUGACCAGCAGAAUCCACCAGUGACCAGCGGUGGCCCCUCAGCCAACCCUCCCGGCAGCUCAGCCCAUGGCUUUUCAGGCUGUGGUUCCCAUGUGGACUGGGAGGCAGUCUCACAGCCACCGGGGUGCUGUUCAGCUGCCCCUCCCUGCCACCAGCAGGUGGGUGAGGGGUGGCCCACUGGGUGGGGGCUGGUGCUAGGAGUCACCCACAUGCUCAGACCUCCCACAGCUCACUGCCAGGGGCCUAGGUUGCCAUCCCUGGUGGCUCCAGGGACCAAGAGGCUAUCACCGUGUCUAUAGAGAGCAGACGAGAGCAGAACAGCCCUGGGAUACCCGAGUCUCUGCUUGUGCCCUCCCAGCCCACACUGGUGCUCUCGGCCGCUGAGCACCUAGGCCAAGGGCUGGGUCCCCAGCCUUACUGGGAGGCAGCCCCCGCAAACCACAUGCCAGGGCCCCGCCAUCCUCACAGAGUGGGAGAAGCCGCAGCAAAGCUUCGCCUCUGCAGACCCCAUCUUAGGGGCACAGUGCUUGGGCCUGCGACCCUGGCCAGUGGAGCCCUGCUCCAGCCUUUGGCUCUGGGGGCCCUGAUCUCCUGUCUGCCCCGGCCCAUGCCAUCCGAAGGGUGAGGCGGGUUCCCCUGUGCCCUGCCUCCGUCUGUCAGUGAACCUGGGAUCCUCUCCCCACUGCCUGCACAGCGGACCCUGACCCUGGGCCAGCAAGGUGGCCCCAGGCCCACGUCGGGCACUAGGACAGGUUCCGUGCCAGAGUUGGGGGCCACACGAGGGCCUGGUGCCAGUGAGGGGGCGUGUUCUGGAGAGGGAAAGGGGCCCCCGCCCAGCUGUCCACCUUGUGGGCCACGCUGUGUCCUUAUGUCAUUGUAAUAUAAAUACAGAUUUUUAUACCUCA